AUGCCGCGUGUCGCCGACAGCAGCCAACAGCCGACGCGGCGCUACGCUGUCAAGUGCAACUACGUCGGUCUCUUUUUGAGUACCUGCUCGCUCCUCAACAUUGCGUCCAUGCCCAUGAAGGCGUACAUCUCCGAGUACCUCCCUUGGCGCGCACCGCCCGUCAUGCCCGACAUGUUCAGCAAUUUUUCCGACUUUAGCGCGCACAUGCUCGCCUUUGACAAGCGACUGUACAACAAUGCCACGCUUCCGCAGGGGGCGACGUACGUGACCGACUGGACCAACGACGUGCAAGUGAUGCGGCAGGUGCUCUAUCCAUCGGUAUUGGCUCCGCUGGCCCCAGAGGCGUGCCUUGGCUCGUUUCUGCUCGGCAUGCCGGGCUUGAUCUUUUACACGCCCGCGCAAAUGGAUCUGCUGUGCAGUCUCGUCGCAACAACAAAUGCGUCGGAAUUGUAUUUUCCGCCAGGCGCAUGUUUUGCCAACGCGCUGUCGUCCCGUAACGUUGGCACGUCGUGCUACUGGAUCGACCACGGAAACACGCUCACGAACGCAACCGAGCCGGACGCCGUGACGCUCACGUACGUGUACAAUGCGACGCGGUACUACAAAUGGCUCUGGUGCAAGUUUGCCUACCGCAUUCUGAGCACCUGCUUUGUGAUCUAUCGACUCUGGACGCAAUACUAUCGUCACUGUCUGUGGCUCCAUCGACGCCUGGCACGCGCGAGCCACUUUGCAACGCCACCCACAACAAACUGGCGCUACGAGCUCGUGCUGGGCGACCCCACCGCCAUCAUCCUCAUGGAUCCGAUGGUCGCGCUGGUCUUUCUCGUCGACAUUUGGAUCAGCAUCGGCAACGUCGGAGUCGCGGUGCUGCGCGCCUCCCAGAACGGCGACGUCACCGUCAACUUGCUCAACAUCCUCUACUUGUCGCGGACGGUCUGGUUUGGCUACUUUGCACUUUGCCUCACGGCGUUCUGUCUCCGGCGCUAUUCCAAGCAACACCUCUUUGCCGACGUCGACACGACCAUGGUGGCAAUCGGCGUCACCGUCUACGGCCCGCUCAUCUCGUGGCUCAGCGGCAACGUUGCCGCGCUGGCGGCUGCGUAUCAAUGGUGCUUUACCGCACCUGUCCCUGCCGACAAGACGAGCCAGCAAAAUGAGCUCGCGCUCGGCUGUUGA